AAGAUUUCUUCCAGACCCGACUCGAAAUUUCCCAUUCUGCACGUAAAUUCGUGUGUCUGUCUGUGUGUGCGGUCCAUGUGUUGAGCGACUGGCGUGGGUCCGACAUUAUCCCCAACCAACGCUCCAGCGACUGAAUCUGCGGCGGCGCGUGGGCCAUUCAGCGCGUGGGCAACAAAAAGCAGAGUGUAGACGAGAAGAAGAAGUGUCCCCCUGCCCAGCCUUUCAUUCCUACACUACACACAUGCACUGCUACGUCUCUUAGCCCGACACCCACACUCUCUUCUUCUCAUCCCGUAGCUGAGGUGAGGUGCCGACGCACGUUUCUCCAUCCCUGACUGCUCAAUUUUGGAAAUUCUUUUGGUUGAUGAUUUGUGACAGAGCACUGUAGUUGAGAAACCUGAUGCACCGUGUUUUGGGAAUUUGGGGAUCAGGGUUGGUUUUGAUUCUGUGUUAACAGUGAUGGGCUGCAUAUAUUCGAAAACUUGUAUUGAGCUAUGUGCUCCCCGAGAUGUUCUGGCGAAAGGUGAUGUCAAAACGAAUACGAGUGAGAUUGCUGUGUUUUCGCCUGCUCGUUCGGAGAAUGAGGAGGAGAAAAAUGAGAAUCAGUUGUAUCAGUUAAGUGCCACAACAGAUCAUGAAGUGGGUAUUACUAGACUGUCCAGGGUAUCGGCGCAGUUUUUACCUCCCGAUGGCUCAAGGACUGUGAAAGUUCCGUCUGAGGGUUAUGAGUUACGCUGCUCGUUUCUAUCUCAGAGGGGUUAUUACCCUGAUGCACUUGACAAGGCCAACCAAGACAGCUUUUGUAUUCAUACUCCAUUUGGAUCGAGUCCGGAUGAUCAUUUCUUCGGAGUGUUUGAUGGCCAUGGCGAAUUUGGGGCACAGUGCUCGCAAUUUGUGAAGCAUAAGCUAUGUGAGAAUUUGCUUAGGAAUGGUAGAUUCCAUGUGGAUGCAGUCGAAGCUUCCCAUGCUGCUUUCUUAACAACGAAUUCGCAGUUGCAUGCCGAUGCAAUAGAUGACAGUAUGAGUGGAACGACUGCAAUCACAGUUCUGGUCAGGGGUAGGACACUCUAUGUUGCUAACACAGGUGACUCGAGGGCUGUCAUAGGAGAGAAAAGAGGGAGUGAAAUUGUAGCUGUUGACCUGUCAAUUGAUCAAACGCCUUUUCGUCCUGAUGAACUUGAGAGGGUGAAGCUUUGUGGAGCUAGGGUUCUCACACUGGAUCAGAUUGAAGGACUCAAGAAUCCAGAUGUGCAGUGCUGGGGAACUGAAGAAGGUGACGAUGGCGAUCCUCCUAGACUGUGGGUGCAAAAUGGCAUGUAUCCCGGAACAGCAUUCACAAGAAGUAUUGGUGAUUCUAUUGCUGAGAGUAUAGGGGUUGUGGCGAACCCAGAGAUUGUUGUUGUGGAGCUCACACAGAACCAUCCUUUCUUUGUGAUUGCGAGUGAUGGUGUUUUUGAGUUUCUUUCAAGCCAGACUGUGGUAGAUAUGGUUGCAAGAUAUAAAGAUCCUCGUGAUGCAUGCGCCGCAAUUGUUGCUGAAUCAUACCGUCUUUGGCUGCAAUAUGAAACUCGUACUGAUGACAUAACUGUGAUAGUUGUGCACAUAAAUGGGUUAAAUGAUGCUUCAUCAGGACAGUCAACAAAUUCUGAUGUAAUGUUAAGACCUCCAUAUCCUCAAGUGAUUGAAGUAUCAGGAUCUGAGUCUCCUUCAAUUGCAAACUGGAGAUCAAGAAAUCAUCGGGCUAGUAUAUCCCGGGCACGUCUACGGGCACUUGAAAAUUCUCUUGAGACUGGGCAAACUUGGGUUCCUUCAUCUCCAGCCCAUCGAAAGACCUGGGAAGAAGAAGCUCAAAUUGAACAGGCGUUGCGUGAUCAUUUUCUCUUCAGAAAGCUCACUGACUCUCAAUGUCAUGUUCUGUUGGAUUGCAUGCAAAGAGUUGAGGUUCAAGCGGGCGACAUAGUGGUGCAGCAGGGUGGGGAAGGUGACUGUUUCUAUGUCGUUGGCAGUGGGGAGUUUGAGGUCUUGGCUACUCAGGAAGAGAAGAAUGGAGAAGUGCCACGGGUAUUACAGCGAUAUAAUGCCGAAAAGUUGUCCUCCUUUGGGGAGCUGGCACUGAUGUACAAUAAGCCACUCCAAGCUUCGGUCAGAGCUGUGACCGAUGGAACAUUAUGGGCUCUGAAAAGAGAAGAUUUUAGAGGAAUACUUAUGUCCGAGUUCUCUAAUUUAUCCUCACUGAAGUUACUUCGAUCAGUAGAUCUUCUUUCCAGAUUGACAAUCUUACAGCUGAGUCAUAUUGCAGAUUCACUUUCCCAAGUAUCUUUCUAUGAUGGACAGAAAAUAGUUGAUAAGAACCAGGAGCUUCUGGGUUUAUAUGUUAUACAAAAGGGUGUCGUAAGAAUUACUUGUGAUGUGGAUUCUGUUAAAGGUGUCAAUUCUUCCAGCCUGAUGCCUGCUGUUGAGGAACAGGAUGAUGCAAUAUCUGGUAAGAGCUUUACAGUAGAAAAGACUGAGGGGAGCUAUUUCGGAGAGUGGACACUUCGUGGUGAAAGCAUUGCUUCUUUAAGUGCCAUUGCUGUGGGUGAUGUGGUCUGCUCUAUCUUAACCAAGGAGAAGCUUGAUUCAGUUGUUGGCCCUCUCGCAAAACUUUCACAGGAUGAUCAUAAGUCAAAGCACUUUUCAACCAGUUUAUCCGUAGAACCUGCAAAACAUUUGGAUUCCUCAACUGUCCAGAAGAUUCAGCUCUCGGAUAUGGAGUGGAGAGCAUGCUUGUAUUCCACUGACUGCAGUGAGAUUGGUCUUGUAUGCAUCAUGGAAUCAGAAAAGUUGUUCAGUUUGAAAAGGUUUUCAAAGCAGAAGGUGAAAAAACUUGGAAAAGAAGCAUCAGUACUGAAGGAGAGGAGCUUACUAAUGUCUGCAAACCAAUCGGCUUUUGUUCCUCGAGUUAUAUCAACUACUGCUGAUAGAACAUAUGCAGGCUUACUACUGGACACAUGUAUAGCUUGCCCCAUGACAUCAAUUAUUCUGAGCCCACUGGAUGAAACCUCGGCACAGUUCUGUGCUGCCUCUGUUGUUAUUGCAUUAGAAGGCUUGCAUAAGAGUGGCAUUCUAUAUCGAGGCGUGUCCCCUGAUGUUCUAGUAUUUGAUCAGGCAGGAUAUAUACAACUCGUGGACUUCAGAUUUGGGAAGCAAUUAAGCCGGGAUUAUUCUGAAAGAACGUACACCAUCUGUGGUAUGGCGGAUUCAUUGGCUCCCGAAAUCAUCCAAGGAAAAGGUUAUGGUUUCCCUGUUGAAUGGUGGGCUUUGGGAGCUCUGAUUUAUUUCAUGCUACAUGGUGAAAUGCCAUUUGGAUCUUGGCGAGAAAGCGAGCUCACCUUUGCAAGAAUCGUCAAAGGACAGCUUACUCUCCCCCAACAUUUCAGCAUCGAAGCCGUUGAUCUCAUCACCAAGUUACUCGAGGUAGACGAAAGUUCAAGACUUGGUAGCCAAGGCAUCGACUCGAUCAAAUCCCACCCCUGGUUCAAUGGCAUCAACUGGAAAGAACUGGAAGAACGCAAACAACCUGCUCCUAAUGAUAUUCUUUCGCGCAUAAACCUUUACCUUGAUAGCCGUCCCGAGGAUGUCCUAGCUUCGCCCCAUCGAGAAUUAGAUGAUCUAAACACACCAGAAUGGCUCGAAGACUGGUAGAAUGCACAAUCAAAAUAUGCCGAAAAACUUGGAGAUUAAGAAGCUCAAUUGUCUGCAACAUAGUCGAGAUCCCGGAAAUUCUUACAAAGGUCAGUUCUUGAUUUUGUAAAUAGGCAGUAGAUAUGCAAGUGAUAUGUUUGGUUUCUUUCUGCCUGUGAUUAAAUAUCUUCAUAAAUCAUUGCAAGUGUUAUGCAUCAGCUUGAUAGGAAAUUCGUAGGCUGGUUUGUGUAUGUAUGCAUUUAUUUAUUUAUGGUUGGGGAAAAUGUCAUUCAAUUAUGUGUACAUUUUGUGGAUGCUUUUUACAGGUGCUGUGUAUGUUGCAUUUAGUUACA